UUUGCGGACCACGCCCCGGCCCCGCCCCAGCCCGGCCCGCGCCCUAUUUGGUCAUUGGGGGGACCUGCGAGGCCCGCGGCGCUGCCGGGGAGCGGGACGCGGCGGAAGGGGACGCGGAGCGGUCGCGUGCGUGGAGGGCAGCUCGGGCGCCGUGCGGUGGCUGCGGGCGCUCGGGGGCCCUGGGAACAAUGGCGCUGUGCGCGCGAGCCGCGCUGCUGCUGCUGGGCGCGCUGCAGGUGCUGGCGCUGCCGGGGGCGCCGGCCGACGGCCCUCCAAGUGGAAACAACUCUGUGCCUCUACUGACCUCCAGUGUUAAUGUGACAGAGAAUAUCACUGUGCACAUGACUUCCAACCAGACCAGGGAAUUUAAUAGCAGCACCAUGAAGCCAGUAGUAACUUCAACACUGCCAAAAACUGUCACAGCUGUCACUUUGAAACCUGCAACUAUUGCUAAAACAUCAACACCAGGGGUCUCGCCACACGCGACUUCCACUGCCUCCAAGUCUACACCCAAAGCAAGUGCUUCCCCAAAUUCAACCCACGCGUCAGCAUCGGUGACGACCACAGGCCCCAGUAGUUUAAAGACAUCGAUAACAAUAACAGCGACUAUUCAUUCUGACAAAAGCAAAGGAUCCAGGUUUGACACCGGCAGCUUUGUUGGAGGAAUAGUGUUGACACUGGGAGUUCUGGCUGUGCUCUACAUUGGAUGCAAAAUGUACUACUCAAGGAGAGGCAUCCGGUAUCGAAGCAUUGAUGAACAUGAUGCCAUCAUUUAAAGCACUCUACUGAGCAAGGAAAGAAGAGAGACUGCAACCCUAUCAAUUAGUUUGUUUAUAUUAGCUUAAAAUAUUAUUUUCUUGGAAGUAGUAUAAGAAGCAUGCAUAAAAUGAACAGUGUGUUCCAUGA